AUGGCGGAAGCCUUCGGCGUUGUCGUCAGCGCCUUCACCGUCGUCGAGAUUGCCGGCAAGCUUGGUUCCAGCACAAUCAAACUCAAGAAGCUUUGGAACGAAGUCCAGGAUGUGCCCCGCGAGAUCAACCAGCUCGUCGAACAGGUUGACAUUCUUAAUGCUAUCCUCACAGAGAUGGAUGUGGAGCUCAGUAAGGCGGGCACGCCGAGUACUGGCACUUCAGAUGCUAGUCUGAGAUGUUGUCAGCAAGUGGCGAACGAGCUGGAGAUACUGGCGACAGACUUACAACAGCAAAUUCUUACCGCGAAGAAGUCACGGAGGAGCAUAACGAAGCUCAGGGUUACGCUUAAAAAGGACCUGAUACAGAGCUGUCAGCAAAAGCUACAGUUCGCCCUGCAAAUGGCGUUGCUAUCACAAAAUACGAGGAUAUUUGCCUCCAUCACUAAUAGGACCGAGUCAACUACGAGUGGCGUUAAGACACCGGAAACGACCGCAUUCACGGUCGAGGCUUACUCAAGCCGACAAGUGCGGCUGACAGACGAGCCAGACUUCAACAGUGUAGCUUCUGUUAGGAAAGCAUCCAGAAUGGAGCCACUCCACAAUGCACAGUCUUCCUUCUUCGGCGGCUUUACCAGUCGGACUGUUCCGCACUCUAAGUAUCACGACGUUCAAGUAUACCAGGCACGAUUACAGCUACCUUGGUGGGUGUCAGCGAGACUCUGGGAUAUUCAGACGUACCGAGCGCACGCUGGAUGGAAGUUCUGCCUGCGAGCUUGGACAGUCCGACCUUACAGCAGUACCCCCAUAUUCGAGUAUAUAGAGCGUGGCUACUGGAUACCCGCGCUACGUGAGAUUGAGGAGCAUCGGUCAUCGUUAUUCGACCGUGACGAAGAUGGAUGGACACUGCUACAUGUAUGCGUAUCUACAAAGAAGCACAUGGCUAUGACGCUGACUAAAUCUCAGUCUGCAGUCAAUUGGGAAAGAAUCGAAAUUAUUCGUCAUUUGCUUGGCAUAGGUUUACGCUUGGACGACGUGGAUGGCCAAACCUUGGGUCUCGCUCCAUUUGCACGCUUAUGCAAAUCGAAUGAAACGUUGGAGCUCUUCAAAAUUUGGGUUCACGUCGCCCUCGAUGACUGCCUGGAAGAUUAUUUUACCCCAGACGAGACCACCUUGAACUUAUCUGCCAUCUCUAGCUUUAUAUGGAAGGACCACGAAGCUCACCAAUAUAUGACGAGAAGCCUGGCGACCACGUACUAUCAACUCCCGCUGAAAGUACGUUACGCGCAUUUAGACUGGUACCAUGUCGACCCAAAGAUCCUACUACACGAUAUACAGCACGAUGGAGGUAUCAAGCCCGCUGAAUUCAUUGUGAUUCUCGAUGCAUCGUUCGACAGCUCUCUAGAGAGCCUCGUAUCGUGCUACGCAACGAAGAUGGCCUUCGAUGAGAAGUCUAGCUGGAGAAAACUUGUGCGGUGGGUUGUUCAAGGAGUGUCCUCUCAAAGGCUCAGCAUGCAGAUGUCUGUUGACGCCGCCCAGGAGGAACCCCGUUGUUACACGCCACUCAUUUCCGCGCUUUACAAGACUCCUUGGGAUCACUCAAAAUAUAAACGCAAAAUCUCCCUAUUUCUACGAAGGUGGCUGGAGGACGUGCAGAUAUCAGGUCAUGACCUCGAAGAAUACGGCCGUCGAGAGAUGGAGUAUUUCAAGCGGGAGGCGCGGCUGCAAGAAGAACGUUUGAGGACCUGGGACAAUAGUACGAUAUAUGAACCUGGCCUGCGACUGGUAUCUUUCACUUAUGGGCCAGAACCUGGAGAUUGGAACCUUGUCUGGAGUCUGGAAGCCGAGGAAUUCGCCGGCGAUUUUUGGGAUCUGAUCGAGAAUCCGCCUUUACGAGUCCCAGGAGCGUGGGUAGACGAGGAUUGA